AUGCAGCCAAAAGAAUUGGCAGUGAAGGACGCCAUCGAAAGUAGACUGAAGCGACUGGAGGACACAGUCCAACAGUUGACAGACUCUGUCAAUCAAGCACUACAAACUAUCACUCCUACACCGCCUCAGACAAAUACCAGAAUAUCGAGUCGGACUGGUCACCCUAUCGCCACAGAAAAGUCAGGUUUCAAGUCAGGGCUCUAUGUUGGCCCCUCUCAUUCUUUCUCCUUCCUAAAGGAGGCAUCGGCCAACAUUGAUGCAAUCCGUCAAUCUUCGGGCCAUGCUACUGGUCAGAACGCACACUCGGAGCUUCAAUAUCUCUCCGGUCGAUUGACUGCCACAGAAGUUGAACAGUCUGUUGCAAAUGAUUCGACCACUUUCUAUAUACCUUCUAGGGCAAUCGGCUACCGCCUGAUCAGCAGAUUCUUGGAGUACGGUGAGCUCGGCGAGCCUUUCUUCUCCUUUCCACCAGACGACGUCAUAAGACAGGUGGUAUUUGAACCCCACAAAGUCCGGGAAAGGGCAUGGAUCGCCUACUUCAAUUAUAUGAUGCUUUCCAUUGCGGAGAACGAGAGCGGAGAAAACGACGAAACGAAGAAUUUCCGGCGUAACGUGCAAGUCGCGCUGAACGACAGCCGUAUCUUCCUCGAACCACGCUACGCCAACGUGCAGGCUUUGUGCUUUCUAGCAAUGCAUGGCGAGGAUUACGCCGCGCCAAAUCUAUCUUGGAUGCUAUUAGGACAUGCGUGCAGGCAGGCCGAAGCUCUAGGAUUACAUUCACCGGCUCACCAUGACGUCGACUCACGGCAGCAACGGCUUUGUGUCUUUUGGCUCCUCUUCUUAAUAGACAAAUCUUGCUCACUCUCGUUUGGAAGACCGGCUUUUCUUCCCACGGCAUUGUAUAAGAAUGUUCCGUUGCCAGACCAGUCUUUCUUACUCAAAUUCAUACCGCACGAGCGUGCAGGAUUUGGGGAUGGGCAGGGAUCUUCAUACGGCUCGCGCUUUGGUGCGGAGAUUAUCACCCGCUCUAUCCAGUGGGCAAAACUAGGAGGGUCGGUUGUGGAUCUUCUCACCACGGAUGGCUCGGUAUAUCGAAAGCAAGAUAUUCGAUCGAGCCUGGAAGAUUGGUACUUGAACACCAAUCAGUCCCUCACAACCAUCAUGCAUGUCGAAAGUGCCUCGGCAAAUGCCAGCCAAAUCCGAGAAAUGACCUUGGGAAUCAGCACUAUGAAGUUUCAGUAUUUACAUUCCCUCGUUCUUCUACUCGGGGGUGAUGAUUCUUCGUCGGUUCUACGCCUUUCAUGCGCCCGCGAGGCUAUCUCUACCCUGAGCUCCAUGGUGUCAAAUUGGAGUUCCGUUUACAAUGGGGUAGUAUGGCAACUUCUAUAUUGUCCGUUUACCCCUUUCUUCGUGAUAUUCGGCAACAUCAUCCGCAGCGAGAGCGCCCAGGUGCCUACGAUCGAGCAAGAUCUGAACUUUUUGUCUGCCACCGUAAACUAUUUUGCAGCGAUGAGAUCACAGAUGCGCUUGCUAGCCACUGUAUGCUCCAGGCUGCAGCAUACUGCGUCUGUUUUCCUCCAAAUAGCUCAGAUGCAUGUUUCUCGUUGUGCCUUGACCCAGGCUAGUGAAAAGCCUGCUACGUCAUUUCAACCACCGCCUUCACUGUCCAUAGACGGCUGUGGCCAGCUUCCUAACGAUUUGAUGGAUGUUAAUUAUGGAGAAUUAAACGUCGCUAACUAUCUCGAAUGGUUACCUGCAGAUAUGGGCUCCACAUGGCCUCUAUUUGGUGUCAAUCGACCGGAAGUGGCGUCUUCUCAUCUUGGUGAUAAUAAAACCAUUCCCGCAAACAUGUUUGAUUGGUUUUCUUGGGACGCCUAUUAUUCCGGGACUGAGGCAUGA